AUGGGCGAGGGAGCGGGAUACAAAAGAGUGGAAAGGGCGAUACCCAAAAAGGGCGAGGACGCGAAGAGGCGGGAUGACGCACCAAACAGGGCGAGCCUGAUGGGGCGGCGACAACAAAAAACGGCAGACAGGCAGCGAAGAAAUAGGAGGCUGGGAAAGCCAGGACUAAUAGACAAAGGUGUCUCGCUGGGAGGAGAGGACAAAGACAAGCCUCACAGAACGCGAGAAAAAGCAGCCAGCAGACACAGCAAUGGGGGCAGCGAACGGGCGAAGGCGCACCAUGAAGCAGAGGAGAAGGAAGCGGUAGAAAAAGAGCGGGGGGCGCCGGGGACACCGCAAAAAGAGAACCAAAAGGGAAGGAAGCAGGAACAAGGAGGACUGAGGGGAAGGCAAGGCCAAGAGGAACCGAUCAGCAGGGAGAAAGAAGCAGGGAGGCGGACCGGGGCCAAGAUUCCGGACAGGGAAAGAUGA